AUGGCUGUCAUCUUACAGGGAAAUAUGGGUACGAACAGACUCCCCUGCGACUUGCUGAACCAGAUGGUCGUAGAGCACAAGGUGGAUCUGAUCAUUAUCUUAGAACAGUAUUGCGAGAUGAGCGAGCUCAAUUGGUACCCGGAUAAAACGAAUUCAGCAGCGAUUUGGAUCAAAAAUUCAUCCAUGUUUCCAGUGGUUGAUGCUUUCAAGGGCGAGGGAUACGUAUGGGUUAGGAGUGGUGACACCACCUUUGUGAGCGUUUACCUCUCACCCAACAAGGGCACCGAUGAGUUUUCCAGAAAACUCGCAGGACUGGAGGCUUGCGUCCGAGAAAUGGAUGGAGAAGUUUUAAUAGCUAGGGGUUUUAAUUCGAAGGCGCUGGGAUGGGGCAUGACUUGGUCCUGCAACAGAGGCAGUUUGGUGUUGGAGUUGGUAGCUCGCCUGGAUUUAAUUAUCCUGAAUGUGGGCACGGUCCCAGCCUUCAGACGUAGUGGGUGUUGGGGCACAAUAAUCGAUAUUACUUUGGCAUCUGCGAGUGUCUCAACGGCGGUACGUGGGUGGCAGGUCCUUCAGGUUCUUAUAGGGAGCGACCACCAGUACAUAAAGUUCUGGGUUGGGUCAAAUUCUGUGAGAAGAAGGAAACAAACUGGCGCCGCAAAGAACUAUGGGUGGAACGUGGCAAAACUAAAUCGCUCGGCAGUUCUUGAAACGUUGGCUAGAUCGAAUGGUUUGACAUGUGAGGCUUUGUGCCCAACAAAGACAACAAGGCAGAUGGCUGAAGGUUUAGUUAAAAAGACUAUGAGCCUGAUCAAGAAGGCAUGCGAUUUUUCGAUGCCUAAAAGGUCGAGACACAGACCAAACGAGAAAAACUAUUGGUGGAACAACGAAAUUGCUGAUCUUCGCAGACAGGCAUUGGCGAUGCGUAGGAAGGCGCAAAGUAAGCGACGACGUGGCGUGCUGGUGUGGCUGAGGCAAAUUACGUGA